AUGGCGGCCACAACCUCUUCUCCCGCCAUCACAUUUUACGACAUUAAAAUGAGUCCUCCAUGCGCACCAAACCCAUGGAAGGCUCGAUAUGCACUCAAUUUCAAGGGCAUGCCGUACUCUACUACUUGGGUGGCCAUGCCAGACAUCAGCAAGACUCGCCAGGAGGUUGGCAUCCCCGCCUCGCGCAAGUUUGCCGACGGCUCGGAUUACCACACUCUCCCCAUGAUGACCGACUCGACGACUGGUGCCAAGAUCGGCGAUUCCUUCGACAUUGCAGUCCACCUGCAACAGACAUAUCCAUCUGCGGGGUCAGGCAAUCUCUUUCCCCAGCAGACAUUGGACUACGUCUACUCCGACGAUCUGGCGAUGUUCGCGCCAUUGUCCGAGAACAAUGCGAUCGAGCACACUGAAUAUGCCCGAUUCAACACAAAUGUCGAUGCCGUCUUUAGCGCUCAUGUUCAGCUCAUGGUGCACGGUCUCCCCUUCGACCCAGCUGAUGCCGAGGUGACAAAGGCAGAAUUUGUCCGACGUGCAGGCGUGGCUUCUUGGGAUGAGCUGACCGUGAGCGGGGAAAAACGCGAGGAGCUCAAAUUUUCUCUUUGCGAGAAGCUGGGUGGAUUGGCCUUCAUGUUCCAAAUGGAUCAGUCUGGUCCGUUCAUCCUGGGCCAGCAGGCCAGCUAUGCGGAUCUGAUCGUCGGCUCGUGGCUGCAGAUGAUGCACGGGACGCUGCCGGAGGCAGAGUGGAAGGAAGUCGCGACGUUCUGGUAUGGUGGGGUUUUUGGUCAGCUCCACGAUGCUCUGCAGAAAUACGCUCAGGUGAAAUAG